CCUCACUGAAAACCAUGUCGAAAACUGUACUUUUUGUGCUUUUCCUUGCUUUUCCAACUGUAACAGUUGCCGACUUCUUGGACGAUUUUUUGAAGCAUGCAUCAGAUAAUCCGUCAUGCUCCGAAGAAUUCAAAAAAAUUCUGGCAUGCGCUCAGCCACAUUUUGAACUAAUCAGAGAAGUCUACCCAAAACUGAAUUCUAUAUCAACACUUUACAACAUUGGUUUGAUGAAUAAAGGACUUCAACUUGUUGAGAAUGUGACCAUCUGUCUGGGAGAAGAAAAAAGAGACUUCAAGUGCACACUACCAAAGAUUGUAGUUACUUCAUUGGAUUAUGCCCAAUACAUUGGCAAGAAAGUUUAUGGAGACGCUUUCCACUGUUUCAUAAAUGUUAACGCAAUCGAAACAUUCCAAAUCUGUGCAGCGGAAAAUCAACAGCCCCGGAAUAUCCACGAAAACGUUUUAAAUGAUGAAAGUGCCUACAAAAAGAUAGCACAACCAAUAGUUGAAUGUAUGGCCAAAAAGAUGUACGAGACUCCAUCCUGCACCAUCGAUCGAAUUGUCGAGUUGUACCAUGCUGGAGAGGCCGGACUUGAUUUGUAUUACUCAUUGUUAAAGUUCGUGAAGGGAGUACAAGUUGAACGGAGCUUCAGUGAUAACAACUAUUGCCGUGCUUAAUAAUUGUGUUUAAAAAAGUGCAAAAUUCCUUAACGGAAUGAAGAUUUUUUAUCACAUAGUUCUGAAACAGUAAAUUAAUAUUUUG